AUGCUCAGCCACGACCGCAAGCCGUCGCGCUCCAACUCGACUUCGUCGGUCGCCUCGACGUCGUCGUCCCGCUCCACCCGCUCUGCCGACGACAUCUACGACCGCCUCGUGCGCGCGUACGUCGGUCCCCAGCACGCCGCCGGCUUCCAGCUCUGGUCGGCCGGCAACCUCCGUGUCGGCGGCCGCGACCUCGCCAUGACCCUCGCCGACGUCGUCGAGCUCGCCGCCUCGCUGCAUGACGACGAGCGCUUCGAGCUCCUCGACAUUACCUACCUGGACACCGAGCGCGACGAGUGGAAGGCCUCGUACCGCCUCAACUCGCAGCCGUCGACGCCGGCGUCGUCGGUAGAUUCAUUAGCGUAG